CUGUGUCAGUGGAGAGCUAGAAUAGGAUCAUGGAACUGUUCCCGCCAUUGGAGGCAACCCAGUGCUUGUACUAGUACUAGUAACACUUACUGUGGAGCUAGUGCUGGUAAUACUGGUGCACAACAAGUGAAGACCCCUAGACUUGUUUUGUCUAUUUUUUGUCUUCUUAUCCUCCUCUUCAUAUCAGGAGAUGUGGAACUUAAUCCUGGACCCACUCUUACAGAUAAGCCCACAAGAGAUGAGUUGGUUGAGUUAUUGAGUGGCUCAAAGUUUACUGCUGGUACUUGGGAACAGUUUGUCUGUUGUCUUCCUAACAUGACACAAGAUAUCGUUACUGGAAUCAAAGAGGGAGGGUCAAUAGAAGAAGACACCAUGAGUGCUGUAGCUCAACACUGUCUUGAUAAUAAUCCUGAUAUAUCAUGGAGAAAAGUCAUUGAUGCUUUGCUGGAUGCUAGUGAAACUACAAUAGCUCGUAAUGUUUUAGACAAGCACUCAGGUACAAGUUCCAGUAAAAAUGUCUGCAGAACAGUAAAGCAAGUCCUAAGAAGUCAUUAUUCCAAGUUAAUGGAAACUACUGAAACUUGCCUUCUAAAAGUAGCCAGUGAGUUGUACAGCAAAAAUUUGAUCAAUAAAGAAGUUAGGCAUUCACCGACUUUUGACAAAAUUGAAAUAGAUUUCUCAGCAAUGGUUUCCUUAUACAAAGGGGAUGCACAAAAGAUGAUGGAGGUGUGUUCCCUUUUUAUAGACUGCCUGUCAACUGCAGGAGGUCCUGCUCAAGAGGAAGCCAUGGCACUAGCUAGAGACUGGGAGAAUGAAGUAUUUAAAGAUCAUGAAGUAUCAUUCUCUUUUGCUAAGGCAGUCACAGAAUUUAUUCCUAAAGAAGUACAGCUUAGCUUUAAUGAUGAUAAGCUAGCAAUUGAGCUUGGGACUAUGCAUAAAAGAUAUGCAAAGCUGAUGACUGAUAUCACUACGUAUUAUGCUUCCAGUGGAAAAUAUGACCCAAUUGUUAUUGCUCGAUGGGUUGAAAAUUAUUAUUCUGAUGAAAAUGACCUUGAUCUGGCACAGGUUGGUGUGACUGUUGAUAAGAUAUUCAAACAAAUGCGACCUCAUCACAGUUUUAUUGAUAUUGAGCUAAUAAGGGAUCUUGUGGAAGAAUACCCAAUAGAUGAUUCAGCAUUGCAAGCCAGGUUUAAUAAAUAUAGAGAAGAUAUUAAUGAAUUUAUUGAUGCAGCAAAAAUCAAUUGUAUUAUGACGUCUAUUAGAUCAGCAAUAAUUGGGGAAAGUACCAAAGUUGAUCCUAAAAUAAUUCUCAAACUGUCUGAAGAAUGGAGCAAGCGAACUGUUUCCCAUCUUCGUGAGCUAUUAAAGUUUUUAUUUGAUGAUGAAGAAAAAUAUAUUACCAUAAAAAAGUUUUUAAAAGGAUCAAUUUCUAUACAAUUUUUAGUAUUUUCCAGACCAGUAAAACCUCUUAUUAUGAAAUCCCAGACUAAAAUUCCCUUCUUGCAUCUUAUUGGUAUAUUUCAAAUAUCACAGAUUAUCAUUACUUCUGAUAAAACUUGGAAUAAAAUUAAAUUACCAGAACACUAA